GUCGGCAUUUGCAUAAAGAUACUAAAGCUAUUAUAUUUCUUUCAGCAAAUGAAAGUUAUUCAUCUUUGUAUAGGUUGUAUAUUGAUACUAUUAGAGAACUUUCUGAUUAUAAUCUUAGUCAUAUGUGUUUCUACUCAAAAUAUUGGUCAGCGAAUGAAAUUGAAAGCAAAAUUAAACAAUGGAACUAUUAUUUUGAAUGGGCCCAACAUGAAAGAAUAUUUUACAA